UGCAAAAAAGUCCGAAGGUUAUACACGUAAAUUAACUGAGCAUUUCUUAUCCAAUAAUACGGUAAAUAAGGGUGUAAAUCUGCAAAACUAGUAAAAAUGUCCCUGCCAUAUAAUCUACGAGUUCUCACACGACGCCUUCUGCUAAACAGGUGCUCCGCAACACAGUGGCGUACGUUUUCCAGUGAAACAGUCGAAACGAGUGGCCGGGCGAGUAUCCUCGAUGGGUCUACCGUCAAUGUACCAUCAAAGGCUAUCGUGACCCCGUUGCCUCCGCUUUCGCAACCAAUUCCAGAUCUACCCCCCGUGCAGUACGCUCGGCCGGGAGAUCAGAAAAACGUAACGCAAGUCACACGACUGAGUAAUGGACUGCGGGUGGCAUCGGAAAAUCGAUUCGGACAGUUUUGCACCGUCGGUGUGGUGAUCGAUUCUGGGCCACGCUAUGAGCUGGCCUAUCCGAGUGGCAUUUCACACUUCCUGGAGAAGCUUGCCUUUCAGUCGACCUCCGAGUACGCCGAGCGUGACGUUAUUUUUCGUGAGCUUGAACUGCACGGAGGUAUUUGCGACUGUCAAAGCUCGCGGGACACGUUCGUGUACGCGGCCAGUGCCGACAGCCGUGGGCUGGAGUCGGUGACGAGGAUCUUGUCGGAGGUUGUGCUUCGGCCGCGACUUUCCGUGGAUGAGGUAGAGCUUGCCCGGCAAGCGGUACAGUUCGACCUGGAAACGCUCGGCAUGCGCCCGGAACAGGAACCCAUUGUGAUGGAUAUGGUGCACGCCGCGGCAUAUCGUGAUAAUACGCUCGGAUUCCCCAAGCUUUGCCCAACGGAAAACGUUCCGAAGAUUGAUCGUGAUACGCUGCUGUCGUACCUUCGACUGCAUCACUCCCCCGAGCGGAUGGUGCUGGCCGGUGUAGGCGUUCCGCACGACGAGCUGGUCCGUUUGGCUGAACGCUACUUUGUCGAGGGUGCGGCCACCUGGGAGAGUGAAAAAAGUACCUCCCCGAACCCGAAAGGCGUUGACACAUCGAUCGCACAGUACACCGGUGGAUCGAAGCUGGAAGAAUGUGCCAUCCCGGUGUACGCAGCAGUCGGACUGCCAGAGCUGGCGCAUGUUGUAAUCGGUCUACGGGGAUGUUCGCACCAGGAUAAGGAUUUCAUUGCCGCCUGUGUGCUCAACAUGAUGAUGGGUGGGGGCGGAUCGUUCUCCGCUGGUGGACCCGGGAAGGGUAUGUAUACACGACUGUACACGAACGUACUGAAUCGAUACCACUGGAUGUACAGCGCGACGGCGUACAAUCACGCUUAUGCAGACACCGGUCUGUUUUGCAUCCAUGCUACCGCACCACCGACGCACGUGCGCAAUUUGGUUGAGGUCAUUACCCGGGAACUAUUCACGAUGCAAUCCCGACCGGGAGAUCAGGAACUGCGCCGAGCGAAAACGCAACUACAGUCCAUGCUGCUUAUGAACCUUGAAGCCCGACCGGUCGUGUUCGAGGACAUCGGAAGGCAGGUGUUGGCCACUGGCGAACGUCGGCGCCCGGAGCAUUUCAUUCAGGAAAUUGAAAAAAUCACCGCUGAAGAUGUGCAAAACGUGGCCCGUAAAAUGCUCUCAUCUGCUCCGGCACUGGCCGCACGAGGCGAAAUCAAGGGAAUUCCUGAAGUAAAAGAUAUCCACAUAGCACUAGCGAACGAAGGGCGUCUUCCCGGCAACCGCCGAUUGACAUUGUUCCGAUAGACGAAGCGGCUGAAAAACGUAAGGGGACCGAGCAAUUGCAUCAGGUGCAGCACAAGAAUUGUGCGGGCUAUGAAAAUACGUCUUUAGAACGAUGAGCCUUGGGUGUUUUUCGUUUGUUUUUAGGACAUUGUAUGAUGGAUUAGAGAUGUGACCAUUUCGAAACUGUGUUUUUCUUUUGUAAUGAAUUUUAGAUUAAAGGAAGAUUAGAAACAUGUCGAGUAGGAACCUAGGCACGUGUAGGCAAGUGAGGGAGUCCGAAAGGUGCUAAAAGCAUUGGAAGGAGAGGGUAUUGCGUCGAAACAGCUUGUGACGUCAAACCGAAUAACUGCAUUCAAUAUAUUUCAAAAACCUACCGUCAA